AGAAGCCCUGAGCAGAGGGCAUGGAGAACAACGAGGACCAGGGUAUUUUCCUCCUGCCUUGUCCUAGGCCCCAGACCCUCCUGUCUCCAGCCCAGCCUGGCCUCUCCAGACUGGGCAGGAUGAGGGGCUUAGCUGAGUUCUGCCCUCAGGAUGGAGGACAUGGAGUGGAGACUGCCUCUCCUUCUGCUGCACGUGCAAAUGGAUGGUGGCCCAGGCACAGGAGGAAUGCUCAGUAGGCUGUAGGCACAGAACUCACCGCCAGGGCUGUGGCUUGAGGAGGGGGCAGUGGUAGCUCCUCUGGCACCUGCUGAGAAGCUCCAGGAGAAGCUGGGGAAUUCUGGUGUGAAGCCUUCCAAGGGAGGGCCCCAUCCUUAGGCCUACCUUCUUGGUGUGUUUCCCUGGGAACAGUCCAAAUUUCCUUCUCCAGGUGAUGAACUUGAGGCCCUGAGAGGGUCUGUGAGCUCCCGAAGGUCACACAGUGAGGUGGUGGUAACGGAUCCUGCCCUCCGGAAGGUUCUGCCAUGGGCAGGGUAACCCCAUCUCCACCCAGCCCCCAGGAACUGAAGCAGCCCCAGCAGGUGGCACUACAGAGUGGCGUGGGGGGCAGGAGCCCCUGGCCAUUUUCUCCAUGAUCUCGCCUGCUGUCUGUGGCUGGCCGAGGUCUGAGCGUUGCUCCAGAGAAUCGAGUUUCAACAAACGGCAGCUGCUGUAGUUCUCCUCACCAUUAACGAAAAUGUAAUAACCACUCGGUGAUUAACACAGAGCUGACAGGAGAGGGUGAACGUGCCUGACACCAUGUUGUGAGGGCACGGGACAUUCUGAGUUGGUCACUCAGGGACAACAUGAAGCCAGACCUAGACUCCACAUGUCAGAAUCCAAGGCCAGGUACCUCUUGGCCUCCAGCCAUCCGCCUACAGGCGGGCCUGGGGUUCUCCUCCCACUUACGGGAUGACCGGGCCCUGGUGGGGUGGAGCCUCAGGUGUGUGCUCGCUGGUUUCCUGGUAGAGGGGCCGAGCUCCACGUGGUGAUGCUGUGGCCUGGGCUGGGCAGGGAGCCCUGCAUGGGGUUUCUGGAAGGUCAGCUCAGGGCCUGGCUAGGCCUGGACCUGCCAGGUGUCCAGUGCAGACCCCAGGAUCAUCUUGGCCAGCUCUUAGAGAUCCUCUCAUUCUGUUCUGCAUCCUGGGGGGAGGUGCCCCUUGUGAGGAACUUGUAUCCCAACCUACAGAGCACACUUGGACCAGGAGCUGAUGGAAGCCCUGGUGGGCUCCAGCCUCCUGUGCUCAGGCCCAGCCUGGGCAAGAACACGCAAGCAAUUGCUCUGGGCUUAUCUGGGCCUCAGGCCUUUCCUGGAGUCAGUGACGCUGGGAUCUCUCUGUGGAGCGAUGCCAUGGGCCUGUGCACAGCCACCUCCUGCCUGCUCCUAGGACAGGUGACUUCCAGGCACCCUGAAGCUUGCCACUGUCUGGCAGGGAGGCCCUGCAUGGCACCUGCGUGGUUGUCAAUCCCUGUCAGUUUCCCCAGGGCACUGUCUAUGAAGAACAGUCACCAGGCAGAGCAGGGGAUGAACCCAGAGGAGGAUGGAAGCUUUUCGCAUCUGCUAAUAGAGGAACCAAGAAACAUCUCCUUUGAAAGGAGAAGUGCUUCAUGGCUGAGACCCCGGACACAUGUACCCCACCUCUGCCUCAGGCCCGUGCCCAUUCUCUGGAAAGCCACAAACAUUCCAAGACAGGACUUCUACUGAAUCAUCUCAAAUUCUUCGAAUUACACGGGUCUAAGGAAGGAUGAGGAGGAGGUGACAAGAGGCGUGGCAUGACACCGAAGAGGUUAAAUAGGUCACCACCACAGUUGACUAUCACCUCGUCUCCCCUGAGCUGAGGAAUCUGCACCCAGAGAACCCUUUCCUGGUUUCCAGCACCAUGAGUCCCCUGAAGACGCUGCCACUGCUCACCCUCAUCCUGGGGGCUUCUCUGCAUCACGUCCUUGCAGCCCGAGGGACCAAUGUGGGCCGAGAGUGCUGCCUGAACUUCUUCAGUGGGGCCAUUCCGGUCAAGAAGGUGGUGACGUGGUACAAGACUUCAACAGAGUGUCCCAAGAAGCUUGUGACCAUCCAGGGCAGGUCCAUCUGUUCGGACCCUGAGGACAAAAUGGUGAAGAAGGCAAUCCAGCAUGUGCAAGGCCGCCGGAAGCUGCCCACUGCCCCUCUGUCCUGAUUCGCUGCUGGCACCACCUAGAGACUUCUCCAUCCGGUCCUCACCAUCCAACCCCGAGCUGUCAGAAACCAACACAAGGACAAAGAGGGGCCGUGGGGGGUGUGGGGCGAAAGCUUGUCCCCUCUCCUGGAGCCGUGGGCUCACAUGAGCCCACAUUAAAGUCUUUUAACACUG